GCCAUUCCCACUCUCAUUGCGCUACUCUCCAGUCCCAGUAGGGAGGUUUACGAACAAGCCAUGUGGAUACUGGGUAGUAUUGCCGCGGGAGAUUCACCCGGAACGACCGCCAAUGUUGACGGCAAAUCCGUCUCGGCCCGGGACGUUAUCCUGGCUGCUGGAGUCAUGAACCAAAUGCUGCGCUGUCUCGAAUCACACCCUGGUAAUUUGAGUCUCCAGCGGAUUGCGUCCUGGACCCUGUCCAAUUUGGUGGAUGGCAUCUUUCAACAAUCCCACGGAGGCAAGUCCUCCGUUUUGAGGCGACUAUUACGCAUGUCGGAUGCGGAAGUCUUGUCGUAUACUUGUUGGACCCUCUCACACUUGUGCGACGGCCCGUCUUCCCACAUUGCUGCCGUUGUGACGACACCUUACGACUCGGGCGCACCGCCCGGUGGCCUCGUUCCUCGGUUAGUCGAUCUUCUGAUGCACCCUUCUUGGCGGGUCACCAAACCGGCGCUCCGGACGAUUGGCAACAUUGUUUGCGCCGAAUGCAGUGACGACGCGCUCAGUGCGGGACCGACGACGGAUUAUACCGAAGUCAUUCUCGAAUGUCAGGCGGUGCCGCGACUAAAGGAACUGGUGACGCAUUCCAAUCGCGAAAUUCAAAAAGAAGCGUGCUGGACCUUGUCCAACAUUGCGGCCGGUACCGUCGAUCAGAUUCAAGCCGUGAUCGAUUCGGGAGCUAUCCCGCCCUUGGUAGAACUGGUUCAGAACAAAAAGACGGAUCAAGAAGUCCGUAGCGAAGCCUGUUGGGUGGUUUUGAACGCCACUAGCUGUGGAGGCGAUUCUCAGAUUGAGGUGCUGGUGGACGAAGGAUGCGUGUCGGUUUUAGGCGUGUUGCUGACGGAAGCGAGCAUGGUCAUGAUGGCCCUCGAAGGACUCGAACGCGUACUGCAAGUC